GAACCAUAAAAAACAAUUAGAAACAAUGUGAUAAUGUGAAACAGUGCGACAUAACCUAAAAGUGCGAUGUAGUCGGCCAUUCCGUGCGAUGUAACGGCCAUCUUGUGACCAAUAUGGCGGCGGCUGUUAAGAUGGCGGCGCUCCUGGCGUUGCUGGCGCUGGCGCAGGCGCGGAGAGAGCCGUGGACCAAUGGGAGCUGGUUCAACAUGGGCCUCCUCGAGUUCGAGAAGUGGUCAAACCAGGACCUGUUCUCUGAGAAGUCCCGCCUGUGCGGCAAGCUUCGUGGCCUGACACCAGGGCAACGGCGUGUAUGCCGACGACACCGAGACCAUAUGACUGUAGUCGGAGACGGCGUGAAGCAGGGCAUCAGGGAGUGCCAGCAUCAGUUCCAUCAGAGGAGAUGGAAUUGCACUAUCAUGAAAGAUGAGACGGUGUUCGGACCUCUCACUCUUAUAGCGUCGCGAGAGACAGCCUUCACGCACGCUAUCACGGCCGCUGGCGUGUCGCUGUCGGUGUCGCGGGCUUGUCGCGACGGGCGACUGGCCAGUUGCGGGUGCAGUCGGGCUGCGAGGCCGAGGUCGCUGCAUUCCGACUGGGUGUGGUGUGGAUGUGGCGACAAUCUGGAUUAUGGGUACAAAUUCACCGAAGACUUCGUGGACAUUCGGGAGAGCGAACGCAAGGUUAAACGAGGCAGCAGAGAACAGGGCAGACAGCUGAUGAACAGGCAUAACAAUGAGGCAGGGCGACGGGCAGUGAUCAAGAAAUCCCGCGUCACCUGCAAAUGCCACGGCGUGUCCGGUUCCUGCAGCCUGGUCACAUGCUGGCAACAACUGGCCUCCUUCCGCGAGAUAGGCGACUACCUCCGCGAUAAGUACGAAGGUGCCACGGAAGUGAAAGUAUCCAGGCGAGGCAAACUGCGACUGAGCGACCCUCGGUACAGGCUCCCUACGGCCCAAGACUUAGUCUACCUCGAGCCGUCGCCUGACUACUGCGUGAAGAACGACUCUCUGGGUUCCUCCGGCACAUCAGGACGCGAAUGCAACCGCACAUCCGCUGGCAUGGAUGGCUGCGCUCUCAUGUGCUGCGGGCGAGGUUACAACACUAAGAAACUCACGGUCAAGGAACGAUGCCAUUGCAAGUUUCACUGGUGCUGCAGAGUCGAGUGUAACACCUGUAUUAAGACCGUCGAGAUCUAUACUUGCAAGUAG